UGUUUACAUUAUGGAAGGCGCCGUGUGUACGAAUUGACCGAGUCACCAGACGGGAGCUCAGUCUCGCAUUUCCGUCUCAGAUUUAGACCAUUCCUCGUGGAUCUUGAGCCCCAGAGGAUGCUCUACGGUGCCUUGUGCUGUGUACAGCUGACAAUGAGAGCGUUGUGAGGGAGAGGAGUGUGAAAUAUGGUGUACUACAGUACUUUCUUCAAGUUGGGCUGCAUAAUUCCUUCCACUCCCACGGUUUACCAUACAUUUUAAGGCAUUGUGCAUUAUGGUGGGUCUGGUGCCCUCUGUGGUUCCGGAAGCAUAACAGAAGAGAAGCAAAAUCACCCGUCAAGAAAAAGGAAGAACAUUCCAAGGUUGAAGUACAAAGCUCCAAAUUUAGCGCAGACUUGGGUAAUAUAACAUUGUACACAAAAAUAUAUUUUUAAUACAAGUAAAUGUACCAUAUUAUAUUUUAUAAUCUGAGUAUUAAGAUUCUGAGACAUGCUGCAAUUCAUAAUGUAUGCUGGUCACACAUAUAAAGGAAUUUUUUAAAAAUAAUCUAAAGCUUUUCAACAAAUUAUAGGCAUCCACAGAAUCCUUGAGAAAAUGGAUAGCCAAGGCGAUGGCCCAACAAGUUCAUCCAAAACUAAGGCCUCACAGUUGAGGCAAAUUAAAUAUUUUAAGUGUUCUCCCUCACAAAACAAAGAUGAACCAUCUGUUCAGAAACCUGUUAAUCAAACUGUGUCUACCAAUAUUUGUCAUAGUAACUUGAGUAGUUUAAAUGAAACUCAAAGUCAUACAAAAGUGUUUCCAUUGGCUUCGAAAUUGUCUACCAAACCUUCAACAAAGAUUACGGUACAGGUGAAAAAUGAUGGGGAUAAAGGUAACACAACACCUCCCCAUGAAACUAAGACAAGCCUGUGCCAAAAUAUCAGAAAUAAAACAACUAGAAAAAUCUAUUGUUACACAUGUGAACGUUUAGUAGUAAAAAAUGAAAUCUAUAAACACCUCUACUUUGGUAAUCUUCAAUGUAAAAACUGCACAUUUAAAAUUGAAAAAUGUCAACGGUUCCCUGAAUUGUUUUCAUCUAGGACCAAUUUAUGUAAGAAAACCAAAAAACGUCAUGAAUUUACAAAGUGGAUCACAGAUGCUGUACAAUAUAUAUCAUAUUCCAUUCGUAAAGAUCUUACUCUAGCGAGUUUUUGCACUAACUCUAAAAAUUCUCCAUCUUUUUCCGAGAUCAACCAAGCUAUCACUAGUUACAUUAAGACGGUGCUUUUCUUAGGAAAUGUUAAACCAUGGAAGUCUGCCAUCUUGGUUUGCAAAGAUUUCUUAAGUACAACCCCAUCAGCUAAAAUUUUAGUGACACAUCCCAAGGCAGAUGAGAGAGUAAAAGGUGUGUUAAAUAGAACAUUCCUUGAUGUAACUAAGAGGCCGCAAAGUGAGAAAGAUUUACCUCCAAGACAAUCAGGUACAUUGCUCAAAACAUUUGAUGGCAGUGAUGGUAGAAAGUCAGGCACGGGACCCAAACCAACACAAGACGAAAAUGAGCAUAGAAAAUUGUGCACGGAACCCAAACCAACACAAGACGAAAAUGAGCAUAGAAAAUCGGGCACGGAACCCAAAUCAACACAAGACAAAAAUGAGCAUAGAAAAUUGUGCACGGAACCCAAACCAACACAAGACGAAAAUGAGCAUAGAAAAUCGAGCACGGAACCCAAACCAACACAAGAUAAAAAUAAUUAUGAAAAAUCAGGCAUGGAACCCAAGACAAUACAUGACAGCAAUGAUGGGAAAAUUUUAAUCAAAUGCAAACAAACAUGUGGCAACAGUUAUGACAAUAAGUCAGACAUGGUGCCACAAACAACAUAUGGCAAUAGUAAUGGCAAUACAUCAGACAUGGUGCCACAAACAUGUGGCAACAGUGACGACAAUAAAUCAGACAUGGUGUCACAGGUAACAUGUGGCAACAAUGAUGACAAAAAAUCAGACAUGGUGUCACAGGUAACAUGUGGCAACAAUGAUGACAAAAAAUCAGACAUGGUGUCACAGGUAACAUGUGGCAACAAUGAUGACAAAAAAUCAGACAUGGUGCCACAAACAACAUGUGGCAACAAUGAUGACAAUAAAUCAGACAUUGCACCACAAACAACUUGUGAUGUCAGAGAAUCAGACAGGGUGCCACAAACACAUGACAGCAGUGAUGCCAGACAAUUAAAUACUGUGCCACAAACAAAACAUGGUCACAACGAUGGCAGAAAAUCAGACAUAAUGCCACAAACAACAUGUGGUAACAGUGAUGGCAAUAAAUUAGACAUAAUGCCACAAACAACAUGUAGCAACAGUGAUGGCAAUAAAUUAGACAUGGUGCCACAAACAAUACCAGCUAGUAAUGGUGUCAUAAAAUCAGACACAACACUGCAAACAUGUAAUCUUAAUAACAGUGAAGAGCAAAACACAGCACUGCAAACUACUAAUGACGAUUAUAACAGUAAAUAUGAUGAUAUCAUUACAUUUUCUGAUGGGGAUACAGAUGAGAAUUCAAAUGAAGCUGGCUCACUGGCAAAUGCUAGCAACACUCACUUGUUAUCCAUGGAACAUCUGGUAGAAAGAUGCAAAUCUCCUGUGUUAUUUAGUGAUAUUGAUAAUUCCAAUGAAGAUACUGUUGAUGGUGAGGCAAUGAAGCAAUAUAUUCAAAGUUUCAAUGUACAGAAAAUAACAAAAUCUUCUGAAUCCCAAACAUUAAGUGGCUCACAUAAGAAAAAUAUCAGGACAUCUAUGUGCAAUAGGCCAGAUGUAAAGAGUUUAUCGCUUACAAAACGGGAGGAGAUCAAUUUUCCUGAUUCCGAUAGUCUGGAUCAGUUAAAAGAUAAUGGAAACUGCAGCUCAGUGGAUAAAAAAGUUCCGAGAUCAAAGGGGAAAAGGAAACACUAUACUGCUGGGCCUUCCAGUGUUAAGAAAAAAAUUAAAAUUGAAAAACUCAGUGCAAGACAUGAAGAGUCUGUGGCGAGUGAUACGGAACUUGAGAUCCAACAGGAAAAGUUUAGCUUCAUAUCCCCACUUAAACUGAUAGAUGGUCGGUAUUUAGUUUUACGUAGUCCUCAGAAGUGCCCUGAUGAGUGUCCUGAAUGUUAUUGUUCUUUGUACCCAUCCAAUGUUACUGUCAGUUGCUCUACAUUUGUUAUACAGGUUGUGUGCCCAGGCUGCUCACUCCAUAUAUAUAUUUUACCAGUUUUGAAAGAGCGAUUAGAGUUGCAAAAGAGAAUAAUGGGACUUGCAUGAGAAACUUAAAGCUGGUAUAUACAGUAGUUAUAUUGUUUACAAUUUGCCUGUAAUUGCUUUGUCAGUAUUUGAUCUUUACUGCUUUAUGAGAAGCUUAUUGAUUGUACGAACAUUUCCAGAGUGUUAUAACAUCCAACCACCCUAAUAUUAAUGCUGAAGCAGUUUCAUUCAGCUACAGAUGGAUAUUUUGUUGAUACAUUCUGUUUAUUGUGUAUCAAACUUUUUAUUUUCCAAUACUAAAAAUGAAGUGUGAAGCUGCAGGGAGACUUUUGAGAAGCACUUCUAAAUAAGAAAAACAUUUAUGUGGUGUAAGUAAAAGGGUAUAAGGUGGAAGGCGAGUUAUUCCAGUUGAAGGACAUCAUUGAAAGUUUUUAGUACUGUGUUGAUAAAAAAAGAGAGUGAGACAACUUUAAAAUGUUUUAUGAAGGAUUUGAUUGUAAAAUUGAGUGUGUUUAAAGUAUUGAGGGACAGUAAUGCAACCCAAACAUUUGAAUUUUGUCUUAAAAUUGAAAAGUAUUUAAGGAGUUGUAGUACCUUAAUAAAUCUGAUUUUAUUUAUUUAUUUAUAUAUAUAUAUAUACAAGAAGGUACAAUGGGUUUAUGAAAGUACAGUACAUAGCAUUGAUGUUUUUAUGUUCUUGUAAACCCACUAACACACAGCAUUUCAGACAGGUCCUUAAUCAAACUGAUAAUUUUAAGAAGGUAAUUUGUAGCAAAAUUGAUAAAAAAAUAAAAAGUACAUUGUAAAAAAAAUUUGAAGAAAAUUAGUAGGUACAUUUUAGUAAAAAUCUGAGGAUUAUCGACAGGUACAUUGUACAGGUAGCAUAAUUUGAGGAUUAUUUCAAGGUACAUUUUUUGAAGUAAAAUUUUUUGAUUCAACAUAACCACCAUAAUACAAGAUGAUGGCAGUGAUUACAAUGGUGAAGUUAUAUGGCUUAGGCGUACAUUUUGGAGUAGCCCACAAUACAGUGUGAGUGUGAUGCAUUAAGUAGAAAACUAUGAGCAUGAAAUUAGGUACUUUUUGGUGUUACUUUUGAAUGAGGCGUAGAUUGGACAGCUUUUUAAUUCAUUAAGGUGAGUUCCAUAGACUAGGUUCCUUUUUUUGCAUAGUGUGUUUACACAGGGGAAACAAAAAUUAGUACUGUAGUAGUUAGUAACAGUUGAUUGGUUGACAUUUGAGAGGUGGGCCAAAAGAGCAGAGCUCAACCCCCGCAAGCACAGCUAGGUGAAUACACACAUACUAUGCCCUCACAUACUUAUAACUCUCAGCUUGUAAAAGCUACUAAAAGUAAAAGCUGUAUGUAUAUACACACUGUAUACCACAUGUUAUAUUUGUUUUUGUUAUUAAAUUGAUGAAAAGAGUAUUUUAUAAAGUUUGAAGUGUGUGUGAAAUGUAAUGUGAUUCCUUCUGUAUCAAGAUGUGUGUCUAUAUAUGCUGUACUUGCAUGUACAGUAUAUCCAACUACAAUGUGCAAAUGACAAAUGUGUGCCUUGAGAUAUGUACCCAAACCUUUUAGUACAUAAAUAACUGUGGGGAAGUAGGUGCAAAAAUCUAGACUGUUGCACCCAAAGAAAGUCCACCUUUUGUAUUAUUGGACUACUAAAGAGUACUGUAUUUAAAAUAUGCAAAAAUCCUAGCCUCUCCUUUUUAAAAAAAAUUUUAUAUAUACUGUACACGAGUUCUUACAUUCCUGUACAGCCACUAGCACGCAUAGUGUUUCGAGCAGGUCCUCAAUCCCAACUUUUUCCCGGAAUACGACCCGCCAAAUUGUUUAACAACCAGGUACCCAUUCACUGCUGGGUGAACAGAGGAGACAGUUACGGAUUGGCACCCAGUCAAUCCUCCCCGGCCAGGAUACAAACCCAGGCCAACGUGUUCCUAGCCUAGUACAUAUAUGUACUAUAUUAGCCCUAAGGUUGCUUAUAUUAUGCCAAAGAGGGGUUAUGUUUUUGCAGAUUUGAAAUACUCUGUAGUCAAGAUUUUGUACACAUUCUCCCACAAUUGCUACAUGUACAGUAUUACCAGAAAUCAUUAUUGCAGAUACAUUGUGAUAUAUUAAUACAAAACAGUUUAAUAUUUUAAAUUAUGCGAGAGUUGUUUGUACAUAUGUAUUUGAAUUUUGUAAAAAAAAAAAAAAAUCCAUUAAAUUAAAUUAAACUAAAUGAUUUUAUUUUAAUCUUUUUAUAUUUAAAUUACUUGAACCUUUGUAUUAAUAAUUUUAAUACAAAUUAACUAUUCAUGUACAGUCUUGUGUAAUAUUUGUGGUAUUUGAUUUUGUAAUCAAUACUUAAUUUGUAUAUAGGAUUUAUUUUAUUUGAGAAAUACUAUGGA